GCCCAGGCGGCUGGCGCAUGCUCUGUAGCAGGGAGAGGAGAGGAGCGGAAUCCGGCACUCGGCAACAUUCGGCGGUUUUCGUGCAGGCCAGGCCGCCAUUUUCUCACAGUCUUCUCAUACGCGUUGUCUGCGCGGCUGUCUGUCCCGCUUGUCCGCGCUUUGUCCUGCACGGCGAUGGACGGCAUUGUCACUGAUGUUGCAGUUGGUGUGAAGAGAGGAUCUGACGAACUUCUUUCAGGCAGUGUACUCAAUAGCCCGAACUCUAACAUGAGCAGCAUGGUAGUUACUGCCAAUGGUAAUGACAACAAGAAAUUCAAAGGUGACGAUAAAAUGGAUGGGGCUCCUUCUCGUGUUCUUCAUAUCAGGAAAUUGCCCGGGGAAGUGACAGAAACAGAAGUUAUUGCUUUAGGUUUACCUUUUGGUAAGGUAACCAACAUCCUGAUGCUGAAAGGGAAGAAUCAGGCGUUUUUGGAACUUGCUACAGAAGAAGCAGCUAUCACUAUGGUUAAUUACUACUCUGCUGUGACACCUCAUCUUCGUAACCAGCCUAUCUAUAUCCAGUAUUCCAAUCAUAAAGAACUAAAGACUGAUAAUACACUUAACCAGCGGGCCCAAGCUGUUCUUCAGGCAGUGACGGCUGUGCAGGCAACAAAUGCUCCCAUUAGCGGGACCACUGUUAGUGAGAGUGCAGUGACUCCAGCUCAGAGUCCAGUACUUAGAAUAAUUAUUGACAAUAUGUACUAUCCGGUAACCCUGGAUGUUCUUCAUCAGAUAUUCUCUAAAUUUGGUGCUGUAUUGAAGAUAAUCACAUUCACAAAGAAUAAUCAGUUUCAAGCUUUACUGCAGUAUGGCGAUCCAGUAAAUGCACAGCAAGCAAAACUAGCCUUAGAUGGUCAAAAUAUUUAUAAUGCUUGCUGUACUCUACGGAUUGAUUUUUCCAAAUUGGUGAAUUUGAAUGUCAAGUACAACAACGAUAAAAGCAGGGACUACACUCGUCCUGAUCUUCCAUCUGGUGAUGGACAGCCAGCACUGGACCCAGCUAUUGCUGCAGCAUUUGCAAAGGAGACCUCUCUUCUAGGGCUUCCUGUUGCAGCUGUUCCAGGAGCUCUGAGUCCUUUGGCUAUUCCAAAUGCUGCUGCUGCAGCUGCAGCUGCUGCUGCUGGUCGUGUAGGAAUGCCUGGAGUUUCAGCUGGUGGCAAUACAGUCCUCCUGGUUAGCAAUUUAAAUGAAGAGAUGGUUACGCCCCAAAGUCUGUUUACCCUCUUCGGUGUUUAUGGUGAUGUGCAACGUGUGAAGAUUUUAUACAAUAAGAAAGACAGUGCUCUUAUACAGAUGGCUGAUGGAAACCAGUCACAGCUGGCCAUGAGCCAUCUUAAUGGACAAAAAAUGUAUGGAAAGAUUAUUCGAGUUACCCUUUCUAAACAUCAGACAGUACAACUACCUCGAGAGGGACUUGAUGACCAAGGGCUGACUAAAGAUUUUGGUAAUUCACCUCUGCAUCGCUUCAAGAAACCUGGUUCAAAAAACUUUCAAAAUAUAUUCCCUCCUUCUGCAACACUUCAUCUAUCCAAUAUUCCACCAUCAGUAGCAGAAGAGGAUCUACGCACAUUGUUUGCGAACACUGGAGGCACUGUGAAAGCAUUUAAAUUUUUUCAAAGAGAUCACAAGAUGGCACUUCUUCAGAUGUCAACAGUAGAAGAAGCUAUUCAGGCUUUGAUUGAUCUUCACAAUUACAAUCUGGGAGAAAAUCACCAUCUGAGAGUUUCUUUCUCUAAGUCAACUAUUUAAAAAGGCAGAUUGAAAAUGAGGGUGUAUUGCAUUGUUUGGUGUUGUCACCUAUUGACUGUUCAGGAAAGUGGGGACCAGAGUUUGUCUUCAGUUGUUUGUUUUUAUUUUUUUUUUUUUUUCAUGCUGUUAUCAUUCCUUGAUUGUUUCAAAAAAUAAAAAUUAAUAAUAAUAAAAACAAGCAGUGAUACUAACUGCUGUUGUUCAACUGUUGUUUAGAUAAACCAUCAUUUUGUUUAAAAGAUUUCGAGUUAGUACCACAGUUUUUCAACUUAGUUGACAUACGUGCCUUAAAAAGGAAAACUAGUACUGCUGGAAUUGCAUAACUAGUGAAAAGCGAAUUUGGUUGUCUGGGGCACAUUGUUACAUGGUAAUUUAAGUAUGUUUAGGCAGGGGUGUGUAAAAAGGUUAAGCUUUUGUUUCUCCUGCUUGAUAGAUUUCUUUAUCUGCUGGCUUGUCACUUAUUUUUCUUUUUAAUUGGAGAAGAUGCAUUAUGCUGAAAGAGUAAAAUGACGUUUUUUGAUUUCUGCAACUUUUUGCUUUGUGCUCUUUUUUUAAAAAGGCCUUUUGUAUUUCAUGGUUCUGGUCUAGAUUCAGUUAUGAAUGUAGGCAUUAGUUAAAAUUAACAAGGUACAGAAUAUUAAUUUCUUAAAGGACAAAAAGUGACUUCUGUGACUUUGAGCCCUAUGUGAAAAGCAUUGUGGAAUCUUAACCUUUUUGUACACACUCUUGUGGGAUGUAUCAUAUAAAUGUCAGCACUAAGUAAUGUCUUGUUUGUGGCUGAAUAUUUUUUGUAGAUGUUUUUGAAGUUGACAUGACUUAUGUGCAUUUCAAUAUAUAUUGCCAUCUUUAGUUUGUAAUUAAGAUAUGGAAUAUGGUCAUGGAUUUCUGAGCAUGUACAGACUGGUCAAGCUAGUUCAGGAAGUGGUGCAUGUAUUUUUCAAUGAUGAAGAAAGUUUGCUGCAAAUGCUUGCAGGAAAUUUUGUGGCAGUUCUCUAAAACUGACAACCAGGUGGGACCAAAGUUUAUGUGCCUUUAGUCUUAAUUUACCUUGCAUUGUAAUAUUCAGUUUUAAUAAAUCUCUUCGAAAUAUUUUGUAUUUAGAAAUUGAUCUGACUUUACUAUAAACAUGGCUCAGAAUCUUCAGAACCAGUUAAUUUGGAAACAGUUCUCUGUCAGUCUGAACUGUUACCUUGAUUCUGUUUAAAUGACCAAUACUUUUUGAAAUUGAUGUACUUAGUUUCAAGAUUCAUAGAUUCUGUUAUCUAUGUAGAAAAAAAAAAAAAGGUCAUGUAUAUUUUCUAUUAGUUGAGUUUUUACAUCUUUAGAAUUGUAAAAUUCAGUAUAGUUUGAAAGUGGCACAAUUAAAAAUUAAUUUUCUAACAAAGUUGGGAGGUUUGAUGGUUGUUUAAUUUCAUUUUGUGUGUACUCUGCUUACCUCUGUAGCAUGCUCAAUAAACACUUCUGUAGCUCUGUA